GACAUCUACACUGAUCAUCAGGGCACUGAUGAUCAGUGUGCCCUGAUGAUCAGUGUAGCGUCAGCAGUGCCACCUGUCAGUGUCCAUCAGUGCCAGCUGUCAGUGCUCAUCAGUGCCACCUGCCAGUACGCAUCAAUGCCACAUCAAUGCCACAUAUCAGUGCCUACCAGUGCACAUCAAUGCCACAUAUCAGUGCUCCUAUCAGUGCCAGACAGUGCCUCCUAUCAAUGCCAGUCAGUGCCACCUAUCAGUGCUGCCAAUCAGUGCCACCUAUCAGUGCCAGUGAGUGCUACCUAUCAGUGCUAGUCAGUGCCGACU